UCGUUAGAUAAUAGUAGUUCUACCCGUGGUCUGCGAAGAGUUUGAUUCUCUUCGCUCAAGUACCGAAUCCUAGGCCUGCUGCUUCAAGGUUACGUGUGCGUUAAGGCGAAAUUGCGACGGCCCCAGUAAUUUCAGCCUAUAAAAUACUUGUCUGUUAUGGCUUUACAUCCAAUUCACUGCAACACGUUCCUUAAUGUUCACUUCCCGCUUCACUAUCCUUACGCUGCUCACCUUCCUCGCUGGUGCCAACGCAGGAUGUGCAACGUGCAAUCGCACCUUGGAAGUCGGUACGACAAGCUACCGGUUAGUCAACAGCACCCUGCAGUCCGCCAAGGCGUACAUUUGCACCUAUGAGGAUAACGCGGGUGAUGUGGCCACCUGCGAAUACUACGUGGUAUGUGAUUUCUGGAGGUUGCACAGCUCAUCAUUUUCUUUGGCUCACUGGCCUUCAUCAGAACGGCGGCUAUUAUAUGGAUGGGGGCAACUUGUGCCAGCAUGCGUCAUCGUUAUGUGAAGUGCUUAGUGCGCGGGGACUAACGAGAGAGUAAUACUGGCAGCUAUAUGCUGGAGUCUGCCUGAUAUAUGAUACCCUUUUUUCGGUUGUGGUAUG